ACCACAGUGGCUGAAAAAAUUAAGCGUGGCUUGCCAAGGGAUUAAAAGGAAAAUGAGUAGCUCUGAGGAGGUAUCAUGGAUUUCCUGGUUUUGCGGACUGCGCGGUAAUGAAUUCUUCUGUGAGGUGGACGAAGAUUACAUACAAGACAAAUUCAACUUGACCGGACUGAACGAACAGGUACCGAACUAUCGUCAUGCGUUGGAUAUGAUUCUGGACCUUGAGCCUGAGGAUGAAAUCGACGAUAAUCCCAACCAGUCGGACCUGAUCGAACAGGCAGCGGAGAUGCUUUACGGUUUGAUACAUGCUAGAUACAUUCUUACCAACCGUGGCAUAGCUCAAAUGAUAGAAAAAUAUCAAAGUGGCGACUUUGGUCACUGCCCACGCGUUUAUUGUGAGAGUCAACCAAUGCUUCCACUAGGUCUGUCGGAUGUACCCGGUGAGGCAAUGGUAAAAUCCUACUGUCCCAAAUGCAUCGACGUUUACACACCAAAGUCCUCUAGACAUCAUCAUACUGAUGGCGCAUACUUCGGAACUGGAUUCCCGCACAUGUUGUUCAUGGUACACCCAGAGUACCGUCCUAAACGUCCCGCAAAUCAAUUCAUACCACGUCUCUACGGUUUUAAGAUUCACUCGUUAGCGUAUCAAAUCCAGCUGCAGGCAGCAGCGAACUUUAAGGCACCGCUUCGAGGGAGCUCGGCGAAGGGCAUCGAUAACUGA